CGCGCUAAUCAUGCAAACAGUAAGCGCAUUUGGGGGAAAGCGUAGCUGCUGGAGAAGAUGGGCAUGCAUCGAAGUGAAUGCUACUUUCCCGGGGUAAAGCUUCUUCCAUUCGUGUCCAGCGGAAGAGUAGCCUACCCCAUCGAAGUGCAAGACUGCAGGUUGCAUAAAACGCUGUCCUCCAGUAAAAGCGUCUUUCAUGAUUCUCCGUUACAGCAACAUGCCCUCUGUUCUGAUGUCCAUCUGUGAUUUCUGGAUUUUUGCCGGCAUGUGCAUGCGUGCUGCGGUGUUCUGCCGAUUCAUCAACUCUAACCGCCGAAACGGCGCUGCAUUCUUUCUUACAACACAGUUACCGGUCGCUUAAGGAUUAUUUCUUUACCUUGUUUUUCAAUGGGUUGAACAGAAAGGGAAACCAGCGUCGCCUCUCCGUUGGAUUGUGUUUUAUCCGUCGUUUCCUCUGUCAACGAGCAUUGCCAGGGGCUUAUUUUCGCUGGCAGGUGUUUCGAGUCAAAAAACGCCAAGAAGUCCUUUUUAUGAGUUUUCAGGAGCCAGUCUUCCACCCUUAUCUGACAGAAACUACAGAGGGGGAAAUCUUGGGGAUUAUUUUCCUUUGGCUUUCCUUCUAUGCGAAUCUGUCCAGUCGCCCCUCUCAACCGCUCUCCCCUGUAUCUUUGCGGCCCCGUCUGCGGAUCUGCUUCCUCCUUGUUUGCUUCCGCAACUAUUACACUGUCACAACAAAUGUUUUCGGACCCCUGGUGACUGUCUCUUCAGCUACGCUCGGCAGGACGCCUCGUCUCUUCCUCUCCUUUCGACAACCCAGAAGAGCGGAGGUGCCUCAUCGACCCGCGAAAGUCUCCCCUAAAGGCGCAACAGUUGCCUCUCCAGACCCAAAAUGGAGCCGAAAAGGAAAACGCCUUUGCCGUCCUCCUCGAAGGGAGACCGAGAGGCAGAGUGUCGCGACGACGUGGAAUGCGACAGCGGAUCAGAGACGGGUGCGCUGUCUCCUGACGCUUCUUUCUUAUCAUUCUUUGAGAAGCGGAAGCGACGGAAAUGCGGAUCUGGCGAUGGCGCAGAAGUGGGGACAGACAGUGAAUCCUACCAAGCUGCAGAGGCUUCAGCUUCCGACGCAGAAACGACCAGAAAAAAGGCUGCAAAACGGAGAGAACCGCAAGCUGCUUCCAAAGAGACAAGCGACUUGUCUAAAGCCUUCCAGGAUAUUAUGAGUCGGUCUCUGCCCCAGCCGGCCAGUCCCAGUGAGAGCCGGCAACGCUCGAGUUCCAAGCAACGAGCAAAGUCUGACGCGUGUAGCUCGGCCUCCGCAGCGUCGCCUGAGACCGUCCCGGUCCUUGCCGGAAGACCAGGAAUCUUUGAGCAGCUGAAGAAAGAGAAGGAGGAGGAGCGAUUGAGGCGCCGGCUGCUUGCGGCACGCCGGAAGCAACGGGAGGCCUCUCACGUGAAACCCUGUGCCGCGGACAGAGAGUUCGAGAAGUCGCUUCGGAAAAUCGCGAGCAAAGGCGUGGUCCGCUUUUUCAACGUCUUGAUGAAGUUCCGGCGAGAACAGGCCGAACGUGAAAGCGACGAGGCCCAGCUGAAACGUCAGAGGAAGCGCGAUGCCUUCACUCGGAGACAGAAAGGCAGGAAUAUGAAUCAAGGCGAUACAAGGAAGACGCAGAAUUUCAUGAAGAUGCUCAAGUCGGAGGAGUAAACGCCAGAAGGACACCCUGCGUGGACACACUAAACAUUUUAAUUUUUUAUGGCGCAUGUCGAGAGGCAGUCCCGCCUUUUGCUGGUGGAACUGAAAGAUCUUCAUUAUAUCAGUGUCCAGGCUCUGGCUAGCUCCUAUGAGUGGAGUGGCACCGAACUCUGUCGAACGUUUUGCAGCGCAAUGCUUUCCACUUGCUUCUUCCGCAAAAGUCAAAGCUGGCAACAGGGCUCGGUGGUUACUUCGGACUUUGACAGACUCGAAAACGGGGGGUGGGGGAGGCAAACGGUCUCUCUCAUGUCGUGGUGGUUCCGUCUGUUGCGCGAUUCGACUUGAUUUGUAGACAGGGGACUUCCAUGCGCAACAGAUGAAAUCCUUUCGUUAUGACACAUAAAUUGGGCACGAUGCGAGGUGCAGACACGGUGUAACUGUUGUGGCUGCUUCGUGAGAAACAUGAUGUUCAGGUGACUAGCUCUAGACGACGUGUCAUCAUACGUUGCGCUAACACACGAGAACUUGGAUCCGGUAAACAAAGAUAUUCGAGA